CUUGAUUUCAAAGAUGGCGGGGACCAAAAUAGAAAGGCAUGCAAUGUUUACAAUAAUCAUUUAAAGGAUACAUUUUGUUUGAAUGUCAUGCCCUUCCUUUCCGUAGAUUGAACAGUUUCUAUGAAUCAUUAAAUUUCAUUAAGGAAUUUUUAAAUCCCAUCAUUGCUUACAGCAGAUUAGCCUAAAUGUUCGGAAUGUUUGUUGUCACCCAGUGCCAGUCCACAACUUUCCGAGUAACUUUCACUCCAUAUAGUUAACUUAGUUUAGACACUGAGUCGGUACUGAGUAACCAGUUACUUGAGCUACCUUUAUGUUGUUUGAACGGUUUGAUUUAGCAACUCAACUGAAUCAGUAAUCUUUAGCUUUUUUUUUUUUUACUAAGAGUCCACUCAACUACCCCUCAGUUCAGUAGCUCUCGCCAGUCUGAGGCUGAGAAGUGUCUAAUCUCCUUGCCUUUCUUGAAACAAUUUCCUGGAUAUAUUGAUCUAAAAACAAUUAUCAUACCACAUUACUAUUGAACAAACAAACUUAAAAUUAAGGAUUUUAAAAAUUUUUUGUUCUCUUAUUUACCGCACGUUUUACAUGAGUUUCAUGUGAUACAGAAACAUCAUCAGCCAUUCCAACAGGUGCAUUGCAAAUUUCAAUAUUUGUUAUGUUAUUACUUUAACUCUCAGUCUGCCUCAUAUGAUACUUCUUUCUCACAUAUUCCGAGGGGGGGGGGGCAUAAAAAAUCUGCUUUAAUCCUUGCUCAUGAUGGGAUUGAAAUGUAAAACACUUACUCUUCUAACUAAACUGAUAAAAUUAUGGGAAGAUAGGGGCAUGAUAUGUACAUUUAAAAAUUUUAUUUUUAAUAUAUUCUAGUAUUCGCCCCCCUCCCUUUGAAACACGCCAUUCUAGGCAGCUGCAUAUAUGACCUAUAAACCAAAAGCAAGCACUACUCAGUCUCACCCAUUGGGCCUUUCAAUGACCAUGGAUUUUGACCACUUAGUUAAUAAAAAAUAAUUAAGCAAAUUUUAGACUAGACUUAGUUAACUUACAGUUUGAGCAGAACAUGACGGUCUGUAACAUAAUAUGUGAUGGAUAGAAUGGCCUAAAACUGAAAGCUUAAUCUGAGGCAUAAGUCUACAUAGAAAAUCCCUUGUUAUUUUUAUGUCGUCCAUGUGCCAUUAAAAAUCACUUGUUAUGCAAGGUCUGGCAUGCAUGCCAUGCUAAAAGUAUUUUGGUCUAUUUUCAAUAAUAUAUUUAGCCUACAAGAUUAAAUUCAUUUCCUUGUUACAUCUUUAGUGUUGUUCUUGCUCUUCUAUUACCAUCAGUGCACCAAUGGUCUGAGUCAUUUUAGGGUUAGGGAAUGGAACAUUUUAACAGGGGUUGCUUUUUAAUUUACUUACAGUUUUAGUAGCAGACAACUAUGGCAGACAAUAAGUGGCACUGGUUAUGUGAGCCUCCGACCACAGGCAAGUUAAAAUAGCUUUAUUUUUACAUUGUUUUAAAAAUGGUUACACGGAAAUAAGGGUGUAUUUAAAUUAUUUAUUCAAGCAUGAUAUUUUAUUACAGAUACUUUUAAAAUUUAAAGGAAACAACUCAGUGCAGUUACAUAUUUACGUACUGUUACUUUGUUAGGUAUUUUUUGUUGUUAUUACAGAUACUUUUAAAAUUUAAAGGAAACAACUCAGUGCAGUUACAUAUUUACGUGCUGUAACUUUGUUAGGUAUUUUUUGUUGUUGACAAUUUUAAAAUUAUUCUUGCAUAGGAAUAUGUGGAACGUGAGCUCAUCAAGUGCAGGGAUAAACUGAUGGAAGGCAUUUCUUUCUAUAAAAAACCGAGGUACGCGUAAGUAUUAUUAGCAGUGUGAUUAAUAAAUUCUAGAUCCCUUAAAAUAUUAUUGAAAAGAUUGCCAUUUGGUUACAUUCAAUAUUACUGCCAUGUCUACAUAAAAUGAUUUCUUUUUAGGUAUUCACGUAGGAAACAAACCAUGUAUCAAAAAUAUAUCAAGCCCUUUAUUUUCUUUUGAUAACUAAUAAAAAAUAUGUAACAAAAACAUUUUGAAACCUAUUUCUGAUAUUAUUUUUUCCCCCCUCACUUUAGAAGAUUAACUACAAAUAGUUGGACUUUUUUAAGUUGUAAUACUUGUAAAUUACUUUUGUUAUUUCUUUUCUCUAUUUUAUUCAUAUCAAUUUUAUACUCAGAAAUUGUUCACAUUUUACAAUAAGUGUUAUAUAAUUUUGUAAAUAGGGGAAGAAAAAAAACAUUUCAAUUACCAUAAAUUACCACUAAGUGAAGGGAAUAUGGUUCAGUUUUUGUUGUUUUUGUUGUAAAUCCUUUUAAUAAUUAUUUUGGUUACAGUUCAACACCUGGAGAAUCACUGAAGAAAGAAAAACAUCUGAAGAAAGUUCAGCAAGAUUUCAUUAUCAAAUUAAGCCAGUUUUUGGUAAGUCAGAUUUGGUAACAUAAAAAAAUAAAAAUUGUAAUCAAAUUCUUCUGUUCUUUUGUCUUAUGAAAAUAGUCAUAUGUAUUUCAGCCUUUUGAGUUCUGUUUUAAAAAAGAAAGGUAUUAAUUUUAUUUUUUGAAAGUUAAUAUUGUCACUGCCUUAUUCACUUAAAAAUUGUAUUUCUGUGAUGCCCAUUAAAAAAUAUUUAUAGAAUGAGACUAUAUUUUUUUCUUGCUAGAUAAAAAAAAUUCAAUUCAUCUUUUAAAGUAUAAAUACUUCAACAGGCAUCAAUAUUUCAUUUCAUGAAAGUAAUUUUGUUUUUUUUAUUCAUAAGUUUUUGAUUGAGCAAAUAUACAUUAAAAAUCUAAAUAAAUUCUACUACAAUGGUAGACAUAUCCUGAUUUUUUUUCUUUAAAAUCCCUUGGUUGCAUUGAAAUUAACAUUUCUUCAGUUUCAAAAUGUUCAGUAUUUAUUUUCCGCAAAAUGGUGUGGUGACCACAUGCUCCCACACCACAAAUCUCCCAAUACUCAUAUAGCUACUUAGCAGUGCACCUGUUUCUGAACUUUUUGAGAGAGUAAAAAGUGAUUGAGAAUAGAGGAAGCAGUGAUAAGAUCAGUACUUAAAUUUACAAGCAGAAAAAAUGUUAGUGUCUUCCACCUUUUCCGAUUUCCUUAGAUUUAUUUUAAGUUUUCUUAAAAUUUUUCUUUUUCUUCAUUCACUUUUAAAUAAGUGUUACAUUUAGAUAAAAUGUCUUUAAAUUUGCUUGAAUAAUUUCAGGGUCUUGAUGAGGUACAGAGCUAUGAUCUGUUUUGUGCCUACCUUCUCACAGAAUUCAGGGGUUCUCAGAAAGAAAUCAAUGUAAGCAUUCAAACAUUUUUUAUAAAAAAAUUCAGCCUGCUAACACGGGAAGUCCACGAAAAUGUUGAAAACUGCUGCAGAUCUGUAUUAGUUUAGACUAAUUCUUUUAUGAGCAGGUGCAUAACUCAGCUGAACCAAUGUGUAUAACGUUGCACAUAGUUUUGUGUCAUAUCUCGACAAGGAUAAACUAGCUAUUAUGUAUACAACAUUGUGCAUAACUUUUUGUUAUAUUUAAAAAAAGCAAAGUAUAUCUAUACAAGGAUAAGCUGGCUACGAUGCAUUGUAUAAACUUUAACAUGAUAAAGAAUUUUUUAUCAGUGCUAUAAUUAGGUGAGUUUUUUUUGUUUUUUUUUUUUAGUGCCCAUUUUACUCUGUCAAACAUGAUAAUUAAUAAGUCUUUGAAUUUUUAUUUUAAUAAAAAAAAGUUUUUGAAGGUUUGGAAAAAUUUUCUGAAUUCUUGAACUUGAACCUGUUUAAAAACACCCCCAAAAAUAGAAAUUUAGAUAUUGUUCUACAAUAUAUUUAUAUUUUAAUCAUUAAAAGAGCCCCCGCCUCUGAUUUUAAUAUAUUUGUACUUUCCGCAUAUUUCCUUUAAUAUUUGUUUUAUGUUUAAAUUUAAACUGUUUAGAGUUCAGGUGUUUUGCUAGCGCUCUAGAACAUGCUAAGUUAUAAUGAAUUAACAUAAAACUCAUUUUUUUUAAAGAGUAUUACUUGCAGUUAUUUUGGCUGUCUCAACUGUCUCGUUUCUUGUAUAUUUGCAGCAUAUCCUCGGCCAUGACAGACAUUCUCAGACACUUAUCCUGAAGAUACAAGACUUCUACCACGGGGAAAGAUUGUACCUGCUGAGAUGUCUGAGAGAGAUAAUGCAGUCCUGGUUCACUGGGGAACAUCCUUACAAGGUCAAUCAUAUUGUUUUUAGUUUACAAGACAAACAAUCCCACCCUUUUGCAAGCAUAAAUGAUGAGAAUAGUGCAGGAAUGUAACAGUAUAUAACUCAUUUCAUCAUAAGGUUUACCCAUUUCACUUGGAAAAAUAUUUUUUUUCCCCACUGGCAACAGAAAUACUAAGCUCUAUUGUAUAAUUGACCCAACACUUGGUGGUUGUAAAUAACGAUGCUCUUAAAACAUAGGUUGAAGUGGUUGGAUAAUUCUGCAUCAUCUCCUGAAGGGACUGCUGCAUCAUCUGCUGAAGCUUACAUGACUGCAUUUAUAGCUAAGAAUGAACACUGAGAAGAUAUGACCUGCUGUUUACACAUCUUCAUUGACACCUGUCAAUACUUUAUGGCAGCGAACUGACACCAGAAAGAAAAUUCAAUUAUAGCCUAUCCCGGGACAUUUUCUUUAAAUAAAUUUACUUGGUUCUUUUCUAAUGAAAAUAAGGAUUUAACUACAUUUUUCAUUUUUCUCCAGUUUUUAAUUUAUUUUCAUUCCUUUAUUUUCAUCGAUUCCUUCAUUUUCAUCCAUUCCUUCAUUUUAAUCCAUUACUUUAUUUUCAAGUGCUUGCUUUGCUUACUUGUGCAGGAUGUGUUUACCAAGUUCGCUAAGGACAUGCUGGGCCAAAACCUUCUUGGCAAAAAGGUUGGCUUAAAUAAAUUAAUAAACUACCUUUAAUGACUGUUUGUUUCUUUUAUACCAUUGUUUUCAUGCUUUGAGAAUUAUUAUCAGUAAAUGCAUACUGAUCGAUGUCUUGCAAAUAAAUUAACCCUUUGCCUUAAUAGGAAGCUUACUUACACAUGUCUUUCCAUUAAAUUUUGCUUUCUUGUGUAUUUUGGCCCUUUUUAUCUGUACUUCCUGUGCUGGUUAGUAUCAUGGAUUUUAAAUUUCAAAAUGAACACUUCACUUCAGAUUCUGAAUCAGUUUGUGGAAGUUUGCAAUGCUUCCCUGCCAAACAAGGACACCAAUGGUCCACUUAUGGUAAGAAUUUCCAUUAUACUCUAAAGUUUAUUCUGAUCUGUAUCUGUGUAAGAUAAUUUUCAUUAUUUUUAUUUAUUUUUUUGUUUGUUUACCCUCACCUUAGAGACCUUUUCAAUAUUUUGAUAUGGGUUGACCCACAAUUCAUUUGUUCUCUGCUCGUAUUUCAGAAUCGUAUGCAGAUCAUGAGUUGGGCCCUCCAGAACCUCAAGGAGCAAGUGGAGCUGCUGGAACUGCUGCUAAUCUAUUAUAAAGACAUUGAGAUGGACUUUGAUACGUUUGUAGAGCUGUGCUCAAAAUUCAGGGUGAGAUAUUCUAGAGACUGAAAGACUUUAACCAACCACUUGAAGUCCUUAAGGAAAACAUUUGCCCCCAUCCCCACUUUUGUUCUAGUGACUUCGGCGGACGUCCUCAAUUUCCGAUCCCCCACCAUAUCUUUAUUUAUCAAAGUAGCAAAUGAGGGGCACAAAUUAUUUUCAAUGAUGCACUGUAUAGAAAUAUAUAAACAUCAGUCAUUUACUUUGAGACGUGGCCUAUGUUAGACAUGGGAUACGAUUAGUUAUUGCAUACAUUAUACUGUAUGUGUAUUUAUUUACUCUUACAAUAUGGUAUAGUAAGAUUUUGAAAUGGUAUAGCACUAUUCUGAAGAUCUACAGCCGUUGAAAGUCCAAGCUAGGAAAAGAAAGGCAUUAGUUAGGUCUGAGUGGAAGGAAGUGGUGAGGCAGGCAAAAGCCCUACAUGGUCUGUAGCACCACAGACUAUAUUAUACUAUAUUGCAAGUUCCAGUGUGACCAGGCCUGGUUCUGGUCCUAUUGGACAGAAAGCUAUGUUUGGCAACUAAAAUUCCUGGAAAAUAGUUGAGAAUGAUUUGUGGAGCUUAAAGGACAAAAAAAGAACAACAGGACAAUCAAAAGGCUAGCUUUCACAUAUCCUUGUCUAACAUUUCCUUCACACAAUCUCUUACUUAUAAAAUAUCCUAGAGUAAAUGCCAUUAUAGUUCAUGUUUGAUUGGUUUCACAUGCAUUUAUUUUUUUGGUCUAUUUUCGUAAUUGACAGAAUGACAGCUUCGGCUAUAGUCAGAGCUUUAAACAUUUGCUGGAUGCACAGAUGGAUAAAUUAGUCAAGAGAAUCGGGUGAGUUUUUUUUUUAAAUGGGAAUAAUCUUAACUGAGGAUGAUGGUACAGCACGAAAGGGAUACUUAUGAAGCAACUCAAAUUUGAAGGAAAAAAAAGGAAAUUUAAAAAAUGAUAGAUUUAAUAAUUAUUUGUGAUGUUUGUUUAUAGAAAAGCCAUAGUUCUGCCUAUGUUUAUGAAAAAAUUGUUUAAGAGGGUUUUCAAACUGUGGAGCUUUUUUAGAAGAAAGUGCCAUGCAGUAGCAAUGUAGACCUGUUAUUGGGGAUUGAAAUAAAUGUGUGUGUGUAAUAACAUUGAAAGGUUUAAGAUAAGUAAUUUACAACUUAACAUAAAAGUGUUAACACUGCAUUUUUUUAAUUUAUAAAAGAUUUUAAAUUUAGAUUUUGAGAGUGAUGAGUACUCAUUUGGGGGCCAUCACUUAAAAUUUUUAAAAAUAUUUUCAUAUUUAAUUCUCCUUAUGAAAAUACAUAAUCUCUGAAGUAACAUGGAUUUUUUUAUAUAUAUAAAUAUUGAUGUAUGUUUUAUUGCAGGUACCUGCAAGUUUUAAUCCUGUUAGAAGGCCUGGAUGUUUUAAUAGCCUUUGAGUUGAAGAAAAAAGAAACGUGAGUUCAUUUUUGUGACAUGUCACUGCGCACCAGCUCUGUGCAGUAAAUGCACUCAGUGGACAAGUCAUUUGAUCAAUAUUUUAAAAAAGGAUGUUUUAUUGACAUAUUUCAGUGCACCAGGUAUGCUCUGUGCAGUAAAUGCACUCGAUGCACAAGCCACUUUAUCAAAAUUUUGUUAGAGCGAUUCAGCAGGGUGUUUUUAUUAUAUAAUUUAGAAAUCACUUCUUUUUUAUGAUCACAAUGUAAUUUUUAUUUUAUGCGCCUAUCUGCUCUCUUAGCCUAACAGAUCAUUUUAUCCUGGGAAACAGUUCCAAUAUUGAGGUUAGUGAAAUUUUAAGACAUAAAAGUGUUGCACUUUAAGGCUUAUCUUAACAGAAAUUUUGAUGAAAUUACCUCUUUUUUUUUGUGUGUUUUAUUACAAUUUUUAAAAAAUUUAUUAAUGACAUCCAAUAGGUUUCUAUGAUAAAUUUUAACUCUUCACUAAGUUUAAUUUUACUUGGAAACAUUAAUCAAUAAUUUAUAAUUCCUUAAAAAUUUAAUCAGUUAUAAGGUAGCGAUGGUGGAGAGAAAACAAAAAUAGAAGAGGAUGUCUACUGAAUUAUUAAACACUUCAUUAGAUUAGUACUUAUAGUUUUUACAGCAAAUAGAUACUUUUGUACAUAAUUUACCAUUUAAGGCAUUUUAUAUAUAUAUAUAUAUAUAUAUAUAUAUAUAUAUAUAUAUAAAAAUAUAGUAAUGAUUGAAUAAAAGUUGUUCAGUGGUCAGUGUGUGAGGUUACAUGCAUGAACCAGAUAUGAGCUAAGGACUUAAUCUUUGUCCAAUUUCCAUGAACAGAAAGUGGAUGCAAUUUUCUCUCAGCUGCGUUCUGACCCGGCCCAUGGCCCCCUCAACUUGGCCUGGUCGGUCCUGCAGUACAUCCUAGGGGAGGCCAGCCAGACCGAAGAAACGGGUGGCGAGACGGUCAGCUCGGCCAAGGCGUUUGCCAGGGCCAGAGGCUACGGAAACGUUGCUUUACAGCUGGGGGUGUUUGAGUUUCUGAUGGAGCUCUUGGAAUAUGAAAGUUUUUCAGGGAAGUCUGUGAGUAUGACCGGUGAUUUCUGCCGUGCAAAACAAUCUCUGCUCGUCAGUUUGACUCUUGACCCGCCAAAUAGAAUAAUGCACACAUGUAUUACAAAAAAAAAAUUAAUUAUAUUAUAUAACAUUAAUUCUACUCUCCUUAUAGUUGGGGGGGGGGGGUUAUUUUUAGGAAAAAAACGGGCCAGGAUACAUUUUGAAAUGGUGAAAUGCAUUUGAAAAUGAUUUUGCUGUUACUUGAGCUAGAUGAAUGUAUUUGCUGAAUGUCGUAUAACAUUAAUGUUUACUAUCUGAUGUUUUGUAAAUGUCUUGUUAAUUUUUUAAAAAAAUUAUUGUUAUUUAGCACUAAUCUCCUCAAGUAUUUUGGCCAAUUUCAGAGUAUAUUUUUUUUUUAAAGUCCUAAUAAUUACUUCAUUCUGAUUACUAUAAUCUACCUAUAAAAUGGUGAAUAAAUUUCAGGACAUGGCAGCCACCGCACAUUAUAUCAUUUACUCGGUCAUCUCAACAUUACUUGCCCUGUUCCAUGAGGAGUCCCUGGGGAACACAGAGGUAAGGAAACUGACCAGAAAAAUGAAUUGUUUUGUAAUUGCUUAAAUAAGCAGAUAAUUUUUUUUCUUUUAAUGUACAUUACGCACCAGUGCAUGCCACCUUUGAAAAGUAUAGAGUUUCCAGAGUUUAUUCUUAAUUCAAAAAUGUUAAUAAUUAACUUAGAAUGAAUUGGUGUUGACUAUUUGUAUAGCUAUUUUCCUAUCAGCAUAGUGUUUGUUAAUGAAUAUUUAAAGACCUGGAUAUGCGAAAGCCAUGAGGAAAUUUUUUUUAAAAAUUCUUUUAAAAUUAAGCUUAAUUAAAAGUAAUUUUAUAUGCAAAUGUAACAAAAAGUUUCAGUCUGUAAAAUAUAUUUUAAUGUGAAAAUAUUGGAGAUUCUUGGCUAGUGAUGAUGAAUAGUUUAUCAGUGAGCUAGUAUUGCCCUGGGUGGUUAGUUUUUUGAGCAUAUGAAAUAAGAACUUAAAAAUCUUGUAACUAACUCAGCUAUUCAUAAUUGAGGGAGGUAUUGCAAUACAUGAGGUUUGCUAAGUAUGCUUCAGUCCACCAUGGCUGACGUCCAGGUAGGGACUGUCGUGGUAUGAUUUAGUGUUUAAGCUUUUCUGCCAUAGUUUUUAAUAGGGUGUUGACGUACGCCUCCAUUCUGUGUUCAUAGCAUUCCAGAUAUCUCAGAGUCGUCUGUACAAUGUCAUGUUUUUCUGUCUCUUCCUGCAGCCUUUGUACAGGAUUGUGAGCAAACUUCUUUCUUGGAACUUCAUUGCCAACACAUUUUGGGAACAGGUAACAUUUCCUGCAAUGGUUUCAAAAUAGUCAUUUCUGUGUCCUAGAAUUUUUUUGUAUCUAAGUGUGUACUGACUGGUCACAGUUUUAAGUCUAUCUCCUUAAAAGAUGUUUCAGAAAUACUCUCCAGAAGCUUCAUAAAAUUGAGAGCGCCAACCCCAUUUUUUUCUCAUUUUAAAUGGCUUCUUUUAAAAUAAUUGAGCAAAAAAUCAUCAGAAUUAUGUUCCUUUAAAUUUAGUUAAAUUUAGAAGAAAAAAUUAUUUCUGAUGAUUUUUUUUUUUGGAUUUUUUUUAGCAAAAAAUCAGAAAUAUUGUUUUCUUUUAAAUUUAACUUUGCACUAAAUUUAAAAGAAAAAUAAUUCUGAUGAUUUUUUUUUGCUAAGUUAUUAGUAGUAAAAGAAGAAGAAAAAAAAAUAUUUAAUUUGUAUCUGGUUUUUUGUUUUCUUCUCAAACUGUUUGAUGUCUGCAUCUCACAGGGUGAAUCAGAGGGGCUGGCCAUUCUGUACAAGUCUGCCAAGUCUUGGUUCCCUGUGGACUUCAGUUGUUUCAUUCAGCUUAACAUCUCACUUGCGAGUGCCAGCAAUUACAGUGCCAAGAAGGUAACGAACCACACCAGCCCCUCAUUCUCAGCCCUUGUAGAUCUUUUGUUUUGCUUUAAUUAAUCAACCCUGCUAGCAUGUGUAACAGGUAGGAACAAUCUCAGAAAUUAAUGAACUUAGAGGAAUGAAAACAUGCACCUUAAUUAAUGAUGACUCUUGAAUCUCUGGUGAAGGUCAAGGCCGGCCUCCUGUCGCUGAACAGGUACACAGAGCUGCUUGACAACAGCAAUGCCCAAGACCUGCAAUUUUCAGGGGAGUCAGGGGUGUUUGUACUCCAGAGGAAGAAAUACCCAUACCAGAAUAGUGAGAGACAUUUAUUAUUGUUUUUUAUUUAUUCUGUGCAUCACACAUGAUAAUUCUCUAGGUAUCUAUGUAACUUAUAACACUGUGUGCAGUAGGCGAGUAAAAUAAAAUUGCUUAAAGUUGACACUAAUUGCGAGUCUUGUAAAGUGUGUUACUUGAAUGCAUGUUUUGUCAAGUAACUUUAGUGGAUAGGAAUUCAACGCAUUGCCUCCACCCCUUGUUUUAAGGGCUAUUUCUAGUAAAUAAAUAUUUGUGUAUGAUAUCCAGUGAGACUUCUUUAGAUAGAAUCUUCUUUUGGUAUUUAAUUAUUUCUCAUUUAAAUAGUAAAAAUGCAGAGAAAUGAAAACUUGUGCUCCACGGCCACCUGAAACUAUUUACUUCAAAGCAUAUUUGUUGUUUUUAUUCGCUGCCAGUUUGUCAACUUUUGUUUGAAUGUUUUUUUCAGGUGAUUUUUACAUCAAUGCUGGUUGCCGGGGAUAUGAAACUAACACGGCAGGUAGCUCAGUUUAAAAAUUAAGGCUUCAUAUAUAUACGUUAGUGAUACAGACCUGUUUACUCUUACGAUUUUGCCGUACAAUGUACGAUUUUGAGGUGUAUACAAUAUAUAUGUUACGGUCAAUUAGAUUAUUUCUGGCAGUUUUCACAAUGCUUGGUCAUUAUAAAUAAUGACCGAUAAAAUCAGGCAAUUUAAUAAUUUUGUAUUUUUCUACGACAAUCUAGGAUAAUUUAUCACAAUGCCUGGUCAUUAUAAAUACUGCUAUUAUUUCUCUGGUCACUUUAAUUAAAUGACAGCAAUUUGGCAAUGUGCGUAUGGUGUGAUUCUCACUGGCCGAUACUAAGUAAAAUAGAACUCAAGAUGCCAAAUUGGUUUAAUCGACAUGCAGUCACAAGCUGAUGAUCAAUAUAAAUUCAUACUUGUACACCAAGAUCAUAUAUAACUAAAUUUAUUCAACUUCGUUCUCUUAAAAGUAGCUUAUGUGCUUUUGGAUAUUUUACCAUUUUUGGUGCGCCUACUAUUUUGCAAAGCGAUAAUAGGAGAGAAUUUGCUAACAAUACUAUUAACGAACUAUGUAGCAUGUGGCCCGAGUUAAAGAUGGGAAGCCCAGACACUCAAAGUCAGGGCUCCUUAGAACAUGCAAAUCAGGAAGGGAAAAAUAUGCUUUGUUUGUGGCUGGAAGAUGAUAACAGCAGAAAAUGGUCAGAAGGCAAACGUUUUGUUCAGAUUAUGAAGAACAGAUCUCAUCAUAGGGGCAUAAACUGUACUGUGGCAUAAAUCUGAUUUCCAUAACAACGAAAGAGAAAUAAAUGUCUCCGAGCCAUCUGAUAUUCAAGUCUCCGGUCAUGAAAAACGCGCAUAUGAAGGUUAUGAAGAUUCCUCAGAGUAUCCCAAUGGGAAAAAAAUUAGGGAGAUUUCAGCAAGCAAUCUAAAAAAAACAAGCUGAAAAAAUGUUUCAAAACUCUAAGUCAAAAUACCCUGCCGCUAAAAGUCGUGACACAGUUAGAGCUCGAGUCCCAGAUGUCGACAGAGGCCGCACCGAUGGAAGAAAUAUUUUGGCAUUUAUUUUUGAAAUAACAGAUGCCAACCUUUAUAAAUUAGGCACGAAACAUGGAAUCCUAAAUCAACUUUAUGCUAGGAACCAAUUUACCAUAUGUAAUGAAAAGUUUAUUGAUGCCGAAAAAAUUCCUCAGUCAGAGAUUUCACUAAGAGAAUGUGCAAGAAUGUCAUCCAAGACUGAGGGCCAAGACUGUAGUCGAUGUGGCUGUAAAUCUGACAAGCUCAAGUGCUGUAAAGAAAAAAGCUAUAUAACUUGAAAUGUCACCAAAGUGGAAGCUGCUCUAUUAAAUAGAAACUCUAGGAUUUGACAUUUUGUGUGUAUAUGUAUUUGUAAGUACCUACCUAAUAUGUUUUUCUAGUUAGGCGUACGUAUUUUUUAUACUUAUUUUAUCACCACCAGUUUGUUUCUUUAUUUUUUUUUUAGUUAUUAAAAAAUUUAUUUUAAUAUAAUAUCCUCUUAUUUUUUGUAUGUAGAGAAAUAUGAAUAAAAAUUUUCUCAAAUUGCCCACUCAAUUUCCAUCAUUAUUGAUAAUACCCGGGCAAUGUAAUAUUUUCAAUAUAAUUUAUCAUUUUGUCACAUCCCAUUGGGUAAUUUUUAAAUUGCCGGGGAAUUAUAAUUAAUGCCCAAUUAUUUACAUUGACCGUAACAUAUAUACUGUAUGUUUAUUUUUUACUAUAAAUAUAAGGUAUUGAUCGAUUUUGUGAUAUUGUACGAUUUUAAGAGUUUGAGGGCAAACAGUUCUGGUGAUAUAAAUUUUUAUGGCAUUAUAGCACUGGCAUAAAUUAGACAUUAUAUAUGUCUGUGAUAUAAAUUUUAAUUACAUGGUUAGCUACCAAUAGCACUUGCAUAAAUUAGGCAUCAUACAUGUUAGUGAUAUAAAUUGUAAUUGGGUAUUUAGCUGCUAAUAGCCCUGGCAUAAAUAAAUUAACUUGAGAUUUUUUACAAGUGAUUUCAUGAUUUUUUUUUAAAAUCAAGACUCUGCUGGCAAUGUUUGAUACUUUAACCAUAAAACAAUGGUUGAUUCUGAAAACAAAUUGCUGGGCUGGGUAAUGCAAUAAUUUUAUAAUAGCAAACAAAAUUUUUUUUUACAAUAUUCAUUAAUUUUUUUUAUAAUAGGCUAAGUUAGCACAGGACGAGGUACAUAUUUCAUUCCCAUAACAUGAAAAUUUCAACUAUUAAAUUAUUUCUAAGAUAAAUAACUCCAAACCCCAGCUGAGAGAUGAGAUCUCAAAAUAUUUGAUUAUUUUUUGUUUUUUUCCCACAGCAACAAGGCCUCACUUUGUUGGGCACAAAAUCAUCUGCUGGGACACAAGUUUCAAUGCCUGGCACAUGUUGAUGGGGGAAAUACACGAACUGUUGGCACAGGUGUCACACGGAGCUGGUAAGUCAUUUCAUGUUCCCAUAAGACUUUGCUGGGACAUUUUCGGCUUAUAUAUUGUUAAAAUAAUGUAUAUAGCCUUAGUCCUUGAUAUAUAAUUUAGAUUAUUAAUGAUUUUUAUAUUUUAAUGUAGUAGUGACUGCUAUCAUUGACCCUUGAUUUUAUUAAUUUCUAUGGUUCUUUAGAAAGCUUUCAUAAAUUUUCAUGUAACCCUAACUUCCAUGUAAAACCUUCAGAGUGGAUGCCACUCACCAAGCACUUCUGCUAGGACUAGUUUUGACAAACUUUUAAUUGCUUUCAUUCUUUAGGCAUGGUGCAAACAGAACAGCUGCUCAAGGUGACCAUGGUGACAAAACUGGUCAAAGAGGUCAUGACCUCUGACCCCACUUCCGUCCCAGAGUUCUCAGAGAUCACUAGGCUCUGCCACCAAUUGAUAUUGAGGUGACUUUUUGUCAUUUUUGUCGUGUUUACAUUGUACUAUGUAACUGCUGCUUGACAAGGGCAAGACGUGAUUGCUAUAUUCACUUUUUAACUUACUUUUAAUCACUUCUUUCAAUGAUUUUUAAAUCUGUUUCACAUGACACAGUACAUUAAUCAAAGCAGGAAACCUAUAGACAGAGUUGAGGUUCCUGCUUGGAUAUUCUAUACACAGAGACAACAAAAUAUCCAAGUAAUACCAUUUUUACUAUGUUGGGUCAGGGUUGCACCCAAAUCCAUUUAGAAUAAAUGUGAUUUUGAACUUUUUUUAGAUAACUAAAUGUAGAUGCAUAAAAGUCUCAGGUGAAAAUAUUAAGGGGACCUUUCCAGAAAAUUUUUUCCUGCAUUUUAUAACAAUAUGUAAUUAUGACUUUCAACUUCUGUCCACAUUCUUCAUUCAUUGGGUUUUUUCGUUUUAAUUUUUUUUUUUUUUAAAUUCACGUUUGUAAAAAAUAAAAGAUUAACUAACACCUUCAAUAAUCUAUUACCAUUAGAUUUGCUGUACUGAGCCCUGCCCCACUUGAGCUACUUGCCUAUAGUAUCCAGUGCUUGUGUCUGUCAGUGCCUGGGUUCUAUCCUGAGGUGCGUUCAUGGUUGCUGCCUAUGUAAACACCCUGGAAUUUUUAGUACAGUGAUGAGUGGACCUAAAUUAAAUAUUGGAAAUUCUAUUUAAAAAAAUAUUUAAAUUUUUGUUAUGUUCACUUUGAUUGCUGAAUUAAAUAUAUAGAAUUUUAAUAAGUGUUAAUUUAAAGAUAUGUGUCUACCUAUUUAAAUGGGAAAAAAAAUCUGUUUUAUAAUCUGCAAUUAUUUUUAUUUCACAUUUAAGAAUAAUUUUCAAAUAGAAAGUGGUCAUGUCAAGCUGACCCCUUUUAAUAAUAACAAUUUUUUUUAAUACUCUAGGUGUGUUUAUUUAUUUUUUUGUUCCAGGUGUCACAUCAUCUGAAACAAACCGGUCUUCUACCUUUCCUCAGCAAAAACAUUGAUGACUAUUCAGAAGUUUUAAGGUAAGAUUCUCUUAAAUUUAUUAAAUUUCACAGCCUAUUUCAUAUUCAAUCUGAAGGUUUUAUGUUAAAAAAGUGCAAGCUGGAGUAAAGAGGAAAUAAUGAACAAGUUACUUUUCUGGGCAAAGGAACAGCUCGAAAAAAAGAAGGAAAAAAAAAACCAGCAACAAUGGCAAAAAAUACAAAUUUGAGUGAUAAUUCUUAAAAAUAAAUUCUAUGCCAUCCCUAUGUCCAAAACAGGACCAAUUCAAGUGUGACAAUCCCUUUUAAAUCAGCUGGUACUUGCAUAAAAAUAAUUUAUUUAAAAACCAAUGUAUGUCUAUCCUUGUAAUAUUUAUUUCCUUAAGUGGUCAUUUUCAAUCAAAAUUAGCUGGCAGCAGAGAGGAAUACUAAAAAUUGUGGGGAAUCCAAUUAAGAGCAUUGAGUCACUUCUAGACUCAAAAAAAAAAUUGUCCUCCAUUCUGACAUAAGUCCAGUCACCUGUCACAAUUAUCCUCAAGCUGGGCCAUCUGACCACAUAUAUGAUCUGUCUUCAGUUCUUGAUAACAUUAUUAUUCAACACGUAUGUUACACCCUUUGAAACAAGAUGUCUAAAGGAAUGAGUCAAAAUAGAACAUGUAUUGACCAAUUCUGUUUGUCCGCUGCCCAGAUCUGUCCCUCAGGUCUAACAUUGCCCAGCCGUGCGAUAUACAUUGAAACAUUUGUAAAUAAUUUCUUUACAGGAAACAGGUCAUUCGUAAAUUUAAUAUAUGAUUUAUGAAUCUAAAAGAUUUACAAUCAAAUUGAUUGCACACAAAUAAUUAAUGAAUCAAAAGUUUUUGUAGGAGUUGAAAAAAGAAAUUGUGUGAUUAUAAAUGAUUUAAUUGAAUUUGUUUACUAUAGUGGAGAUGGUGUCAACCAGGGUCUCUAUGGGUGUGUGUUGGCUGGUACUGAGUGUGCUCAAGGGAUCUACUGUGUGACCUUAGCCGUACUUGACCUUGUGACCCAGCUGGUUCGGGUGAGUUUUUUUUAAGCAAAGACAAUGGGGUAUCAUAUAAAAAACACCUGAACACAGUAACUUGGUGAAAAGUGUCACUUGAAGGGGUAAGUCUUAGGAAAAUGUGGGUUAUAGAUGUCCAACAUGUGAAAAAUUUUACAGAGAUAAAACAUUUUGAGGCAUUUGGUAACAGCCUGAAUAAUUUUUUUUGGUUGAAUCUCUCCCUCCCUCUCUCUCCCGCCAUCCCUCCCUCUCCCCUCCUCCCUCCCUUUUUGCUAUCAUGCCCCUAGCCAUUCCUGUCAAUUUUAGCUGCCAUCUUUUUGUAGAAAAGAUUAAAAUAGUUUUUUUAUGAAAGAAAAAAAAAAUGAUAACAUUUGGGGAAAUGGGAGAAAAUGGCGUUGCUUGGAAAUUAAUUUUUUCUUUUUUUUUUUGGAUAUGUUCAUUUUCUCAGUGUUCAUCCAAGCGAGGAGGGGAAGAUGAACACAUGGCCAGUGUUUUGUUCAUACUCAGAGAAGUGUUCCCACGAUUCCACAAGUGGCGAUAUGUAGACAUUGACCAGUGCAAGAGUAUCGGUAAUCUAUAAAAUUUAUGUUGAGGUGUGCCUUCGAAACAUUGAUUGGAACCUUUUAAAUUAUUUUAAUCUUUACAAUCCUUAAAGAUCAGAAUUAAUUCAAGGACAUGUUUUUAUGUUUUUUUUAAUUUAACAUAAGUCACUACGCUUGCUGCUAACGGCAAUAAAUAAUUGGUAGCUUUUUAAAAUAUUUUAACUUUUUGUAUUAUGCAGGUCAGAAGUGUCUACAUCUCUUUCACACAAUUUUCAACUUUCUAAACCUGCAAGAGCGUCAACUUCCUGACAAAGCUGGGUGAGAUAAACAAUAUUUUUUUCAAUAGAUUAUUUUUCAUUUUCUCUACUUCUGCACUCAAUUAAGUGUUGCUGAACCAGUUGCUCGUCUGUCACAGAUUGUAGUUGCCAAUAAUUUAAAUUUGUUGUGCAAGAGAUUUUGUUUGUUAUUUUUAAAGUGCAUUCUGAAUAAACUGUUGUUGUUUUUUUUUAAGAGAUGAUGUGUUAGGUUUUGUUUUUCUUCUUAAGGUCUAUUUUUUUUGUUUGAUAUUCAUCAAAUUUUUUAUGAUUAUUUCAUUUAAAUUUUUAUUUUUUUCUUAGUGCCAAUUCCAGUUGCCCCAAACUCCAAGAAGUCUGUGUUUAUAGCCUGCUGUUUACUGAUGCUGGCAGGGCUCUGCUUGAGAUUGUGUCCACUGGAGUGGACAAUGUCCAGCUGACCCUGGCUCAACAAGCCAGGUGAUUGUUUCUUUUGUUAAAUUUGGUGCACAUGGAAAAAUGUAUUUAAACCUUUCCCUUUUCUCUCAAAUGGAGUCCCUUUUAGCCUUAUGCAUGCACUUGAAUUUUUUUUUUAAAUUUUUUUUUUGCCAACCAAAAAUUACUGAUUUUUACCUAUCCUUUUUCCUUAGCCUGCCAGUCAAAUAAGAUUUUUUUGAAAUUGUAAUAUUUUUUAAUUUAAAUAAUCCAUGAAAAAAUUAUGUUUGUCUUUAUUCUUGGUUUAAAUAUGGUCAGAAUUAUUUCCUGCACUUUCAUUUUUCUUAUUCAAUAUAGUAAAUUGGUUUUUUCAUUCUCAUUACUGAAUAGGUUUUUUGUGAAAAGUAUUUUUAACAAUGUUUUCUUGAUGCCAGUUUACUGAAGGGUGCAGGGGUAGACUUGGUUGACCUUAUCGAGAUCUCCUUGUCGUUGCUAAACCGUCUGCUCCUGCUGAAACCGCCCAACGUUGGCCCAUCCCCUGUGGAGCAAGCCCUGUCCUCGCAGCCCCCUGGAAGACAGCACCAGCAUUUGGUGGCCAUAAUAGCACAGUACAUUUACCAUCGCCAUAGUAACAAGCUGCCCACUCUAGCCACACUGUUGCUUAAACGGCUGGCGAUGGUGAGUGGCUUAUACCGGUUCAUUUGUUUUUGCUGCAAGUGUGUCUUUUAGGGGAUGAUAUUGCUAAUUCCCGUGGCCAACCCUCCUCCUUGAUCCUGUCUUGGGGCAGACCAUGGUGGAGUUAAACUAAAUAUGAGUGUUGGACUCCGAUAAAGCUUUAAAGUAGAUUAAUUAGACACAAAAUUUGUGUAAAUAAAACAAUAUAUGUUCAGCUUUAAUGAUAUAAAAUACAAAUGUAAAUUUUUUGGCAAAUGCCUUCAUCACUACAAAAAAACAAAACAUUUGAAUAAGUCAAAUAUACAGAUGGUAUGUUUGUUUAUGUACUAUUAAGGUACUGUGUUGCUUGAUUUUGAGACGAUGCCGUACGAUUUUUUAGUUUGGGGGUAAACAGGUCUGAGGAGCUCAGAGUUGAUCCAUUCAAGAGCCUCAAGAUGACACCAUGUAUUUUUAUUGACUAAAAGAUCUUAUAAUGUCUCAGUUGCCCAAAAUGGCCUUUCAAUUAAAUUCAUGUUUUGCACAUUUUUAUAAAUGUGAUAUUUAACUAUACCGGUACUAUAAAACAAGUGAAGCUAUCAAAAUAACAAAAGAAGACCAGAAUUAAUUGACCACUUCCAGUCAACCUUGAAACUUGACAACACUGAGGCUGAUUCUGUCAAAAUUCCUUACAAUUUGAAAAUUCUAAAAAAUCAGCCUGAGGUGGCCAUAAUAUAAAUGGGGUUUCUUGAUUUAAAAAUUUUUUGUUUAAAAAUAAGUAAUUUCCCACCGUCCUAGAAACUUCAAAUUUGAUACCGUAGAAGCUGAUAUCACCACAAUACCUAAAAUAUUUUUUUCAAAUUUUUUAAAACUAUUCAGUGAGGUCAGAUUGCAAAGAGGGGGUCAGGAGAAUGAUGCAUGGCUAAACAGGGGAAAUCCACUUGUUGAAAAUUCUUAAGACACACGACUUCACUGGCAUUCAUUGUCAUUUGAAAUACGAGUUCUUUCUUGCACAACAAUUAAACAUGGGAGCCCAACAAUAAUAUUUAUUUAUAUGUUUUUAAACCAAGUAGCUAAGGGUGAACAUUACCAAAACAAAGCGAGGCAGACCCUUUCAUCUUUAACUACGUAGGCUUAUAGUGUCGAAUUUGAUAUUAUUAUUUCUUAAAAUGGUAAAAACAAAACCAGGUAUUUGCUCCCCUGUUCUUAGUUUACCAGCUGUAUUAAUCACCAGGACUUCACGAAUAAAAUUAAGAAAACAGAUGACACAUAUUUUGAAGAUACGUGGUCAUCAGCAUAGGAGGAAGCUUGAGUUACACAAAUUAAGGGGGGCUGUUGUUGCCUGAGUUAUGCAUGUGAAACAGUAACUUUUAUACCUCGUCUCCACUACAUUUUUUAUAUUUAUUUCCUCACAAAAGUAUGAUAUAAUUGUCCUCAAUGAAUCAGAGUUCUUCAACUUUCAACUCAUUUUUCAUAUUGAGAUCCUGAAUUAUUAUCUGCGAACUUUAUGGAAAUAAAGUAAGGAAAGCUAAGACCGUGGUCAUUUCAGGAGGCCGUCACCCCAAAAAAUGUAAUAAGUUUAAUAAUAUUUUGUGGCAUACAUGAGAUGGAGGAAGAACAAAUAUGGUCAUAGUUUAAUAGAGGUGGGACAAUGUUUUAAUGGAGGGGUGAAUAACGGUGGAAACCGAAUAGGGGGGUGGUGGGUUUUUUUUUUAAAUAGAGGUUGAGAAGAUAAUUGGGAUGACAGGAGAGAGCUUGGUUGGGGUGUUGGAAUUCUGGUAGUGUUAGUUGCUGCAUCCAUAUACUGGCAUCUGUGGAUAGAUGGAUGAGCUUGUAUUCAGGGGCUUAAAAGCAGUAAUGAAUGAAAGACUUUAGGGAUAAAUAAGAAAUACCAGAGUAUUUUGGGUCGUAAAAUAUAUUAUUAAAAAAGAAUAAAUAAAUGUACACAAGAGCUUAAAGUAAACGGUAGAUUCUAGCAACACAACCCUAUCAUAAUGGUAACAUCUCACAGGAGACAAAACAUGAGUGCCAUCAAUCCAAAAAAAAAAAAACGACUUGAGGCUUCCAAUGAACCAUUAACUAUCCAGCAGCUACAGAUGUUCCCUUCUGCAGUUUGCUGUCUUCUCUUUAUUGUCCAUCACUUAAUCAAAUAAUUGGAGCUCAUGUGCACACAAAAAUCCACAUUUUGUAAAAUCAAUCAAUUAAAGGAAUCGCCCCACCCCCAGUAGUGAGUCACAGGUAAAAUGGCUAAUGUGGAAUAAAUAUCUUAUUUUUUAACUGUUAUUACUUUUAGAUUGCAACAUCAUACUGGGAAAUUUAUUUAUUUUAUUUUUUUUAAAUUUGAUUAGCAAAACUUAUGUUGUAGAUGAACUUGUUAAUUCAAUGACAUUCCAAGGAGCUUCAUUUAGAUGGUCAAGGGUCAAGGUUUGUCUUUACUUAAGUCACACUUUUUUUGUGCGUGCCUCAUCCGCUGCGAUUGGCAUGAUGAUCAAAGCAUAAGUGAUAAUCUAGCACUUGUUCGUAUUCACCACCAGGUGUCGCCCAUGUCCAUACUUGCCUGUCUGGGCAAUGAUAGUGAGCCAAUCAGAGACAUGUUCCUCACAAGACUGCAAGCAGUAUCUGAGGUGCACCCAUGUUUACUUUACUGUUACUUUAAUGAAGUUUGGUACAUUUUUUCCUAGUUUUCUAUCAUGCCAUGCAAAUGGCCAAUUUUAGUUCAAUAAUUCUUUUUUUUUUUUUUUAUUUUUCACUUGAAUGUUCCUUCACUAUUUUUUUUUAUAAACAUCCAUGUUUGUUGAAUUUUGUUGUAAAAAUGGACAAGAUUAUUUGAACAGUUGAUAACCUUUCUUUAAAAAAUCAAUAAAUACAUGUUACAGGAUAUUCAGUUGAAAGUAAGCAUUUUGGAUUUCUUAUCCGUCUGUGUGGCCACGCAGCCUGGGCUUAUUGAAAUCUUCCUGAACGUUCAACAACAUGGUGACAAAAUUGCAGACGCCACCAAGGUAGGCAGAGAUUGUUUAGACACAACAAAGCUGUCAAUGCAUUUUUUUUUUUUUGGAUCAUGUAUAUUUGCUACCACCACCCGAUGUUCUGUUCAGUCCAUGUUGCUAGGGUAGUGGUACUAGGGUACCACAACGCUUUAAUACAGUUCCUCAUGUUGUGGGGACCCCCCAACCACAAAAUUAUUUUUGUUGCUACUUCAAAACUGUAGAGUUUCGAAUAUGUUCUUUUGGAUGGUCUUAGGGGACCCCUGAGAAAGGGUCAUUCUACCCCCCAAAAGUGGUUGCGACCCAGAGGUUGAGAACCAUUGUGCUAGGGGAAGAAACAUGUUGAUCUAGUCAGGCAUAUCAUGUGCAGCUGUUUACUACUUGCGUAACGCUACACACUGACACAGCAAAUUGAUGUGACUCAAGAUUUUAAUAUAAAGGAAUACAAAUUGAUGAAUAAAAACAAUUUUAUGCAUAUUAUCUGCAAUCUAAUCCAUCUAAUAUGACAAUACUGUCACUAAAGCAGUCAUUAUUAAAUAGAGUAUUACAGAAUAAUAAUUUUUUUCCCUAAAGUGUGUCAGAAAAUGGCUGACCUUGAGUAUUUAAAUAUCAGUUUUGAUAGUGUUUUUUCACUUCUUGAGACUGAUUUUUUUUUUUAAGACUUCAUUUAAUUAAGUAGUCUUGAUCCUUUUGUAAAACCUGACAAUGAUUCUAUAAUAUUAUAGAGGGAUUUGAGCCUCGGUCGCAGCAGCUGUCUACCCAUUCUUCUGGACCUGAUGGAGGUGAAGAAACAGAGGACGUACCAGUGUCCCCCCGAGCUGCUGUGUGCCUGUCUGGACCUGGUCCACUCUCUGUGGAAGGGAAUGAGGGAAACACCAAUGACCGUCCUGAGAGCCAAGUGAGUCACUAUUUUGUGACUCCUGAAUACAAUAGCAAGCCGCCAGCGUGUAAUUUAAUGCAAAAUUUUCUUAUCAGUUGCCUCAUCAUUUGAAUCAAAAGCAUCAAUAAAUGGUAUUUUGUUUCAGUUACUAAUGUUAAACUCUCAAUCAUGUUUUUAUGAGCUUUCAGUAUAUAAAAGGUUUUAGAUACCUAUUCUGUAUUUACAUCAACUGUGUUGUUUCAGAGAAAGCUUUUGGCAGAGUGUGUUGGCUCCACUGCUGGUUGACUUACCUCAGGUGCAGGACCAAGAUGACCAACUGAGUUUGCAGGUAAAUAUCAGCAGGAGAUGGGUUGUCGCCUUGACAUCUCAGGCACUGACUCUGUAUACAGAGCCCCAUAGUUGCCAGUUCAGACACUGACUGUGUACAGAGGCCCAUAGCUGCCUGUUCAGACACUGACUCUGUGUACAGAGCCCCAUAGCUGCCUGUCAGCAUAGUUUGGUUUUUAUUUAUUUCAGAUUAAAUAGAAUUGAGAUCUGAAAUAAUUCAAUGAUGAAGUCUGGGAAAUAAAUAUUUUAGGAUCCAAUCAAAAUCAAAUUUGUCUCAGCCGACCUUCUCCCAGGGCAAUGUUUUAAAUAAUACGUUGAAUUAUGUUAUCUUUUUCUAAUCUAGUUGAGCCUAACACUAGCAAUGCUUUGCAGUGUCAUGUUGAUUUAAAACUAAUGAUUGAGAAACCAUAUUCCCCUGUGAUUUGUGAUGUACCAACUUGUCCUCCUUCUCCAGGCCAUGAAACUACAGACCAAACUGUGCGCGUCAUCACUGAGGAUUGUAGCUCUAGAAAUCUAUGCAAUGUCUACGUAAGUCAUUCUGUAGCUAUAAUUUGUGUUGUGGAUGCUGGAUGGUUGAGUGGUCUAAACUGAGUCAGUCCCAAGCUAGUGGUCUAGAGUUCAAUCCCAGCUAACUUUGGAUGGGAACUCAUCAAAGAGAAGGAAACUCUGAAUAAAAAACCCGGAGAAGGAGUCCCGUAGGCAGAUACUUUUAUAUAAUUAAAUAUUCAGACAACUGGUACCAAGCUGUAUCAUCCAUAUAUGGUGUUCCCUUGGGUUAUCCAGUUGCAUGGAGAGAGGCAUUUUGUCUAGGGAACCACAUUAAGAACCUCUCAAAGUAUACACCAUGGUCACAUUGUGAUGGAUCAAGGCCAUUAAAAGAAAUGGUGCAGAAGUUAUGGUAUUUUAAACUGGGAAAAAAAUUAAGUGAAUUCCUUGACCCAUUCUUAAAUCCUAUUUUAGGUGUGUUCUGGGGAAUUUAAUAUAACUGUGAUUAUGUUAAGGCAAAAUUUUUUUAUUUGAGUAUUUCAUCCAUUUAGAAGCAAUAUGUUAACUUCUGUCACAUAGAUUUCAAUUUUAGUCAGACACAACUGAUUAAACUAUUUUAUCCACAUAGGCAUAAAUAUAGUUCUUCCACAACCAUUAUUUUUUAAUUCAAGUGUAUUGGUCUUCACCCUUUCCUUUAUUUUUUUUUGUUUAUCAACUUUAGAGUAAUUUUUCCCACCCUCUAUAGCACCAGAUUGGACUCGAACUUCAAGAAAGCUCUCAAGUCCACUUUUAGCAAUGGGAGACUUAUUUACUGGUCCAAUGUAAGUGCUCGUCAUUUAUUAUUUUUGAAAAGCUCACUAUGGCACUGGACAGUCUGUUGCACUUAACAGUGAGGUCAAUUUAAAAUCAUUUCUGAACCCCAAUUUUGUACUCUUUAAAUCUUAAGUUUUUUUUGUUGUGUUUUUUUUUAUUACAUUUUUUUUUUAAAAAAAAGGUAAAGACACAAGUUACCGAUUCUCAACAAAUUCUCAGACAACUGUUUUCUUAUAUGCUUGUCUUAGUCUCAUGUUUGUUAACAUUUAUUUCAGGUCAUUUUGCUUUUAACUUUCUCUACAGUGUCUGCAAAUAUGUCUUAUAUUUCCCUCAUGAUAAAUAUUUGUAUUUUUCUCUCUUCUGUAUAUGUAUCGUGCAGGCUGUAAGACAGAGCCUGGUCCAGGCCGGUCAGGCCAGCAAAGAUAUCCAGCCCACCAGUGAACAAACCGUAUCAGACCUUCCGGCUCUGAACUUACUCUUGGCCUGGAAGCACUUCCUAGUCACUUCAAGUCAUUUUAAGGUGGGGAUUGCCAGAAUCUGUCCAUGCAUAAAUGCUUUGUUCUCCAAAAGUGUUGACCCAUUCCUGGCACUGGGUUGUGGGCAAAAUGUUUUUUUUUUAAAGAGUUGAACGUCUUAUCUUUAAACUUAAUCAUUCAAUGGUUGGUAUUAUCAGUAUUUAAACAAAUAUUUUUAAAUAAUUUUUCAUUAAUUUUUUUUUGGCAUUAAAGAAAAGAAAUAAUAGGUUUACAUUUUCAAAUAAUAUUACAUUUUUUUAUAAUAACCCAUGCAACCCCAUAUCAGGCGCCUGAAUGUUUACCAAUACUUUACUUAAACAUCGAAUGCCUGGCUUUCAAAUGAAAGUCUCCUUAUGUUAAGGCAUUGAUAUUUAAAGUAUGAAAGCGUGCCAUAUUUUCGUCAACUAUCUCAAAGCGCUCAUGAUGACUUAUGUACACACUAGACAACUCCGCUCAUCCGUUGGUGGCAAACUCUCGAUACCACAUGUUUGCCUUGAGACUCACGGACGGUGCAUUUUCGCAUUUGAUGGCCCAACAAUUUGGAACACACUUCCUGUCGCUCUCAGAAACACUGGAGUCUUUCAAAACCGAUUUGCAAACACAUCUAUUUCGCAAACACCUGCUGGGGUGAUGUUGUCUACCAUCUUUUCCAGCUAGCUAUUAUCUCCUAGAUGUAUAUUGGCCUGUGUUGUUUAUGGUUGCAAUGGAUGAAAGACUUAGAAGACUUACGUAGUUUUUUGUAAUGUUGCGUUUCGUAUUUUAAUGUGGUAUAAUAUAGAUUUUUUCAUUUCUCUUUUAAUAUGGUUGACUUUGUACCACGCUUCAAGCCUUUGGGGAUGAGGCGUGAUUUUCAAAUGAACUUUAUUAUUAUUAAUAUCUUAACUAAACACUGCUUUGCCAACUUUCCAGGUUGCCGACAUCCAGCCGACACUGAACCACAAAAAUGAGAUACUCUACGACCUCCAGUUUGGGAUUCAGGCUCAGUUCAAAACUGAUGAGCUGACCCCUAUGAAGAUGAAGCUGGCGUCCAUCGCUAGCGGCUUGUACUUUACAAUGGUCAAGUGUUGGGGAAAGUGAGCCUGGCUUCUGUUCUCAAUUUAUUUUAAUUAUUAAUUUUAUUGUGUUAAGUCAUUCCAGUUGUACGUUUCAGACUUCAUAAUCAGUCCCCCUGAAUAAUGAAAGGAAGAGAGCACACAUGCCAUUGGCUUUACUCCCAUAUGCCCCCCCUCACCUGCCAUGGCUGGUAUUAAUGUUACAAAAAAUAAUUCAUUGAAAUAACGUUUCUUAAAAGUGUGACACAGUUAUGUGGUCCAUACAUAUCGUGGUUUUCUUCUACCCUCUGAAUUGGAGUCCACAGCUUCAACUGAAAUAAAGCUGUGUAAUGAGACAAUUGUUUAUUCAGACAAUAUUUAAUCCAACACUCUGUUGGCCGCUGUCUUUCGAUUUUAGUGGUUGAGGUUUAUUUAUUACUCGAGGUUAAUCUCAGCCUCUUGAAUUCCUGUGUUACCUGGGUAACAAGUUCAGUCCACCUUGCAAUUACCCGUAGCUAGGAUGACCCAUGAUGAAUUCUUGGUGGAGAAUUUAAAUUUUAAAACAUUUUGCCCUUCACCUGCUCAUUAAAACAAAAAAAAUUGCUCUACAUCCAUGUUUUGGUAAUUGACAGAGAUGUGUUUGAGUGUGACAUGUUUUGGUAAUUGACAGAUAUGUGUUUGAGUGUGACAUGUUUUGGUAAUUGACAGAUAUGUGUUUGAGUGUGACAUGUUUUGGUAAUUGACAGAUAUAUGUAUGAGUGUGACAUGUUUUGGUAAUUGACAGAUAUGUGUUUGAGUGUGACAUGUUUUGGUAAUUGACAGAUAUGUGUUUGAGUGUGACAUGUUUUGGUAAUUGACAGAUAUGUGUUUGAGUGUGACAUGUUUUGGUAAUUGACAGAUAUGUGUUUGAGUGUGACAUGUUUUGGUAAUUGACAGAUAUGUGUUUGAGUGUGACAUGUUUUGGUAAUUGACAGAUAUGUGUUUGAGUGUGACAUGUUUUGGUAAUUGACAGAUAUGUGUUUGAGUGUGACAUGUUUUGGUAAUUGACAGAUAUGUGUUUGAGUGUGACAUGUUUUGGUAAUUGACAAAUAUGUUUUUGAGUGUGGCAUGUUUUGGUAAUUGACAGAGAUGUGUUUGAGUGUGACAUUGCCCAGUUUGAACUGCCUGGACCCGGGGAAACCGUCCAGAAUCUCAUCAAAGCCAUCCAGGAGGCAGGAAACGGGAACAGAAUUCUCCCGUCCGUCCACAUCGGUCUGCUGGGAGCCGUCACCACCAUCAUACAGCAGCACAGCCACAGGAUAGACAGUAAGAGCAGCUUGGAGAGACCUUGCUUUUUUGCUGUGGGGUGGGGGCAGGCUUCUUGUUGGCAGUAGUUGUUCUCUUUCAAAUUAUUGUUUUUUAGGAAGCACCUAGAGCAGGGGUGUCAAACUCAAUCGCUCGGCGGGCCAAAACUCAAAUCACAUGUAAGGUUGUGGGCCGAACACAGACCUGUUUACUCCUACGAUUUUGGCGUACAAUUUUAAGGUGUAUACAUUAUAAAUACUGUAUUUUAUUUUUUUCUAUUAAGAUAAUGUAUUGAAGGAUUUUGUGAUAAUAUUGUACGAUUUUAAGAGUUUGGGGAUAAACAGGUCUGCGAACAAGAUAAAAAUUCAAUAAGCGGAAAAUUAAUAUCUUUUUAAAAACAUUUAUAUGAAUGAAAACAGAUGAUUUUUAAUAAUUAAAAAUCACUUGCAUACCCAUUUUCGUUCUCAUGCCAGUUAGUCAGAGCUGGAUGUUUGGCACAUUUUCUUGGCUACAAAAACAAGUACGUUCGUUUAUGUUGGGAGCAAUGUUCUGUGUCAUUGAGAUUCUCAUGACGGACUGCAAGUGUGAUGUUCUGUUAAUCUUCAUCACAGAAAACGGCUUCUCAUACAUAUAUGUGCUACCCAACAUGCUCAAGGUUCGAGCUGCAUGAAGACAAAGCUGGUGCAUCUCUUCAGGAAUGAAACAAGUGGACUGCAUAGGCCCAGCUACGUCGUACUUUGCUUUUAGUGUCCCAUUACUGCAGCUCUGUAAGCUCCAUCUGCAAAUUUACAGAUGCAGUUUCCACGUCCAUGAUGAAUGGGUUACGAAACAGCUCGAAAUUACAUUUCUGUGCUUUAAAGUCACUGAAGCGCUGUUCUAAAUUGGCGCGGAGUAAGCUAAGUUUUUCAGCAAAGUGUGCAUUGGGAAACACCAUAGCUUUGACUUGCAUAUAAUUGCACGCCGUCCAGACCUCGCAGGCCUGAUAUAAUUGUUCGGCGGGCCGGAUAUGGCCUGCGGACCUUGAGUUUGACACAUGUGACCUAGAGCAUGAUGAAAUAAUGUCAUUUCAGUGCAAGAAAUUUUACCUUUGGUAGGUUUAAAGUUGAAAUGAAUAAGUUGAUUAUCAAGUUACCUUUGGGAAUUUUUUUAAUGAAUUGUUUUUAUUUUUCCAAGAUUUUUGAGUCAUCAUCAGCUUACAUUUUGAAUGGUUGGAAAUAAUCCUUUAAAUGUGCAUUUAAAAAAAUAUAUACCUUGAGGCCUAAAUUGGCAUUAAGAGACGGAGAAGUAAAUGUUUGUAGUUAUGUAUUGCCUUGACAGAAUGGACAAGAAUAGAAGGAGAUCAUUAGCUUUUACCUUGUGCAUCCCAAAAAUUAAUUAAUGCACCGCACAAUGCAGACUAAUAGUUAAGAAUGGGUGUCUUCAACAUCUGCACCGCACUAUGGAGACUAAUAGUUAAGAAUGGGUGUCUUCAACAUCUGCACCGCACUAUGGAGACUAAUAGUUAAGAAUGGGUGUCUUCAACAUCUGCACCGCACUAUGGAGACUAAUAGUUAAUAAUGGGUGUCUUCAACGUCUGCACCCCACUAUGGAGACUAAUAGUUAAGAAUGGGUGUCUUCAACAUCUGCACCCCACUAUGCAGACUAAUAGUUUAGAAUGGGUGUCUUCAACAUCUCCCAGCCUAUUUUGUGGUGUAAUUUUCAAAUGGUUUUACAUAGUCUCAUUUGCAAGCUGAAUAAAUUACUGGUUGCAUUUGCUACAGCAUAGCCGCUGCUUAAGGUAUGCUUUAACUCAGUCAGCCGGAGCAUGCCUCUAACACAGGGAUCACUCUAAAAUAAUAUCCCUCCGUUUGGUUUGACUCCCCAGAUCUCCCAGCACUAAUCGCUGAGCUGCUUCCUGUGGUUUGCUCUGUGUUCCUCCAGAGCUCCUGGCAGGUUCCAUUACUCUUGGAGGCCCUGUUCAAACCAAGGCAUGAAGCAGGAGAGUCCAGCGGCCCCCAGCAGUCCGACACAUUUGGUUCCCACAUCAAGGUCUGUCUCUGGUCAUUGUUGUUUAUUUAUAAGCCAAGAAACUAAACCAAAAAAAAGACAACAAAAAAACUUGCAGAUAAAAGUCUUUGGAGCCAUGUUAAUGACUGUUUAGCUUUACAAAAUCUGGAGGCAUAUCAAUGAGUGUACAGCUUUACAUUGUAUCCUCCAAUAGCAAGGAUAAUGAUGUUUUUUCUAAUCAGUAAAUGGGGGACAAAGUCUACUUGUUUCCGCCAAUAAGUAAUAGGAGACUGUAUCCCCUCAUUUACUGCCCCUCUGCAUGUCUGUUACAACCUUACAGUCUGUUACAACUCAACUAGUUCAUUUGCUACAACCCUACAAGUCUGUUUGUUACAACCCUACAAAGCUGUUGGUUACAGCCCCUGUACAAGCCUGUUGGUUACAGCCCCUGUCCAAGCCUUUUGGUUACAGCCCCUCUACAUGUCUGUUUGUUAUAACCUGCAGUCUGUUACAACCCUACAAAGCUGUUGGUUACAGCCCCUGUACAAGCCUGUUGGUUACACCCCCUUACAAGCCUGUUGGUUACAGCCCCUCUACAAGUCUGUUUGUUACAACUCCUCUACAUGUCUGUUUGUUACAACCCUACUAGCCCGUUUGUUACAACCAUACAAGUUUAUUUGUUACAACCCUACAAGUUUGUGGCCAUGAGUAGAUAUAAAAACAUUUUUUUUCCCUACAGCUUCAGAUAGUCUGCUGUUGCCUGAUGGUGGAGAUUCUGUACAUUAGCUCAGAUAUGAACUCAUCCCUGGCCAUCAUGAAAGAGCACAGCAUUGUCACAUGCAUUUUGACCACAAUGGAAGUUUUGUUCAAGGUUAGAAACAGUGUCCUGGAGUAUCAUGACACCACUUUAGUUAUCAGAUAUCUUUAUAUCACUUUAGUCUUCAGAUAUCUUUAUAUCACUUUAACCUUCACAUAUCUUUAUACCACUUUAGUCUUCAGAUAUCUUUUCACUUUAGUCUUCAGAUAUCUUUAUAUCUUGUAUCAGAAGUUCUUGAAAUGAUGUCCUACUUUACUGGCAUCUCCUGCAAUUAUGGGUUGUUGGUUUUGUUUUUAAGGGAGUAGUGGAGUUAAGGCUUUGAAUUUCUAUUUGGCUUGGUGCAUGUCCCUCUUGAAAUAUGCUUAACCUGAACACAGUUAACACAGUCAUUCAUGCUUGCUCCCCCAGGCCAGGCAAGGUAUAUCCUACAUCUACACAUGUCUGCUGCUGCUCAUCAAGCUCGCCAACACAGAAAUGGUAAGGAAAUGAAAACUCAUCGUCCGACGUUGCUCUGAACACUGAGAAGAGUUCCACAUCCAUGCCACCUGGACAGUUAAACAUUUUUGUUCAUUCUACCAACUGGUCCCUGAAGUCCAUUAAAAUCAUUCACCAUGUUUAGAGCCGCAAUUUGAAUUGUGCUGACAAGAUCUGUAUUAUACCAAGUAAAAUUUUCAAUAAAUUAAGACCCCAAUAGAAUAUUUUUUUCAAGCUGCUAACUAAAAGGGAAUUUAUUUUCUUAAAUUAUUAUUUUGACAUGAAACUGAAGCUAACAGAUGUCCUCAAAUCUUUGUGAGAGUUUGAAAUGAACCUUAAUUUAAUCACCAUGUAGAUCUACAUGAAAAUUUUUUUUGUUUAAUGUCUGUGCUCCAUCCAGGGUUCCAGCAUGCUUGCACACAGUGACCUGACGGCACACCUGUGUCUGGUGCUGGGCUCUUGUUACGCCAGUGAGGAUCCGUCCCAGCCCAGGAGCACUGUAUCUAAAGUAGGUCAUUAGUCCGUGUUUACCUGAAUGCAAAGCAACUUAAAUGGCUCUGACAAAAGAUAUCAGGACAACCUCCUCAGCAUAAUAACAAAACUAUAAAGUGUAUAAUUUAAACAGCCCCGCACCGGUUAUUGGAUAUAAUAUUACAUCCAUGUUUGAAAAUAACUCUGUGUACAUCAUAGGCAUGUUUGUAUUUUUCCAACAACUCCAAGCAUAGAGUUCUAUGACCUUGAGGUCGUACUGAAGAGACCUUUUCAUUUUUUUUUUGAACUUGGUGAAAACUUAUUUAUUUUUUGGUAUUUAUUUGCUACAACUCAGGCAUUCAGCAGUCUGCGACCCACUUCGGUGACCUGGCACACCCUGUACUGUCUCAGCCUUGACCUCUUCUCGAUCAUGCUUCGUGUUCUGGGGUUCUCAUUCCUUGAUGAUGCCCUCAAUGUUGUGGGUGUCCAUCAGGACAGAAUGCAACAGGUAAGAACCAGAAGAGGGGGGGGGUUGUUACUCGGAGGUUUCUAACUGUGCGCUCAGCAAAGCUCUAACCUUGAACUUUCUUCUUUUAAUGACCCGUCGUUCUAUUUCAAGCUUCCGUAUACCUUGUCAGGCUAUUUCCAACUUAUCGGGCAGUUUCAUGGGUGAUAUGAAAUGUUGCUGUUGACAAAUUGUAAAGUCAAAUUUGAAGUAUUUCUAUUCCAGAAAUCUGUUUAAGUUUUGAAGCUUUGCUUACGAUUUGUUAUGUGUGUGAUGAAUUAUGUAUUCUUCUUUAUUUAGGCCAGUGUAAUGAGGUGUGGAGUAAUGAGAGUUUCAAAAAAGAGCGUGUGAGAGGGCAUGGGACAGCUUUAAAGGAAGGGAGGGGGCAGUGGCGGGGUUGAGAGUGAGGGGGGAACAGGGAGCCAACAGGGAAGUUCUGUUGGCUUGUCCAGGGGGAAUGAUGGGGGUUUCAGGUAGUGCGGGAGAAAAGUUCAUCAAUUAUAUUUCACCGAUCGUUUUCUUGUUAAUAGGUUUUGGUAGUUACAUUUAAAUAUGUUAAAAGUUGAGUUAUAUACGAGUGCAUUAUAUGAAAGGCAUGCCAACAGUAACAUUUCCUAUGUCAAAUUGAUAAACUUUAGACAGAUUUUUUUUUUUAUCCUUGGUAUCAGUAGUUUAAAAAGUCAUCCCGUAAACGUUAAGUUGUUUGUGUGCUCAUGACAGGCCCUGCAGAUGGCAAGGGUCAACCUGAGUAAGACAGUUCUACAAGAAGCUGAGGCCACCCUGGGGUUCCUGCUGCAGCUGUGUGCCUAUCAGAAGCAGUGGAGGUUUCACCUUCCUGAUGUCCUGGCUAAACUUGUGGUGCGUACCGUUUAUGUGUCUUUGUUUCAUGAUGUCCUGGCUAAACUUGUGGCGUGCACCGGCUGUGUGUGUCUUUGUUUCAUGAUGUCCUGGCUAAACUUGUGUGUACACCGGCUGUGUGUCUUUGUUUCAUGAUGUCCUGGUUAAACUUGUGGUGUGUGCCGGCUGUGUGUCUUUAUUUCAUGAUGUCCUGGCUAAACUUGUGUGUACCGGCUGUGUGUCUUUGUUUCAUGAUGUCCUGGCUAAACUUGUGUGUACUGGCUGUGUGUCUUUGUUUCAUGAUGUCCUGGCUAAACUUGUGGUGUGUGCCGGCUGUGUGUCUUUAUUUCAUGAUGUCCUGGCUAAACUUGUGGUGUGUACCGGCUGUGUGUCUUUGUCUCAUGAUAUCCUGGCUAAACUUGUGGUGUGUGCCGGCUGUGUGUCUUUAUUUCAUGAUGCCCUGGCUAAACUUGUGGUUUGUACGGCUGUGUGUCUUUGUCUCAUAAUGUCCUUUGUUAACCCAUGGCUUUAAAGUCUUGGCCGGAGGGAGGAAAAAAACUGAACUUUCUUCUUAUUAUUAAGAACCUGUGCAUCAAAUUCAGAAAACUUCAAGAGCUAAGAAGAAUUUAUGCAACGGUUGAAAUUUUUAAGACAAGUUUUAAUACAAAUUAAAUUUUUUAGAAGGGGAGUCAUUAUGACCAGGCCAAGAAACAGCUGGGGGGAAAUGUAAAUUAGUUGUUACUAAUAUUUAAUUGCUCUUUGCUUUAGUUUUGUUGAUAUUUUCAAUAAUGGCAAGAUGAGCAUUUACACGAUAAGCUUUGUUUCUCUCUUUUUAGGGUUCUCUGAUGUCAAUGGUCCAGACACACAUGGCAUUGAUGAUCCGACCUCGAUAUUUGCAACACAUUUUAGAGGUGAGAAAGGUAGCGUUGUGUCAGUUAAGUUAUUUUGAACACACACACCUUAAACUGAUGUGCUGGGUGCCACUGGCUCAUCUAUUGUGUUGUGGCUCACUGGCUCACACAUUGUGCUGUGGCUCACUGAUUGUGCUGUGGCUCACUGGCUCAUCCAUUGUGCUGUGGCUCACUGGCUCGCCCAUUGUGCUGUAUGUGAAGUUGUCACUGAGAUUUCUACAAAUUGAAGAUACAUUUGAUUCCUUUGUUUUCCCCAGCAUCACAAAGUACAAGAUGGUGUGAGUACAUCGGAGACCAUCCUCCAGCCACCCUCAUAUCUCCAGCACCAGAGUUCACUGGAUGAUGUGGAACAGCCUUCGGCACGAUUGGUGGAGACGCAGCACAGGUAUACAGAACAGCUUUCAAUGAGGGACAUGUCUGAUAGAUCAGAGCAGCUUUCAAUGAGGGACAUGUCUGAUAGAUUAGUACAGCUUUCAAUGAGGGACAUGUCUGAUAGAUUAGUACAGCUUUCAAUGAGGGACAUGUCUGAUAGAUCAGAACAGCUUAAAAUGAGGGACAUGUCUGAUAGAUCAGAACAGCUUUCAAUGAGGGACAUGUCUGAUAGAUCAGAACAGCUUUCAAUGAGGGACAUGUCUGAUAGAUCAGAACAGCUUUCAAUGAGGGACAUGUCUGAUAGAUCAGAACAGCUUUCAAUGAGGGACAUGUCUGAUAGAUCUUCAUGGGCUAAUUAAAAAUGACACGGAUCUUCAAAAGAAUUUUUAAAUCCCUUAUAAUAAAUUCACUUUUCUUCGUGGGUGGCAGGCUGGCUGCCAUAAUUUCGGGCGGCUAAUUGACCCUCUCCCCUUCAAACUAUCGAGCUGAAACUUGGCACAUAGACAACACAUUCUUUCAUAUCAGUUUUUCCUGUUUUUCAAGGGGAAGAUGAAGGAAAAUUGCAGAUAAAUACGCUAAAUGAGAUUCUUUUUUUUUUUAAGCUAUCGCAAUAGUGUUUGGCGUGUAAUAUGUUUCUCUAAAAAUAAUCAUGCAGCGUUAAAGUGGGUGGGUCAUUAGAAUAUUAAUACAUUUCAGGGUCAUGAGAAAUAUGUGCGGUUGCGAGGUUGUGAGGGCUCUAAUUGGAAAUCUUGUAAAGAGCGUUACUUGCAUGCAUGUUUUGUCAAAUUUUCAGUCCCACCCUCCAUUGCUCUAUAUUACAUUUUAUAAAAGGAAUUAUACAAACAACAAAAAACAUGUAUUUUCAGGGUUGUUCAAUUAAAUCUCUUACCACUUAUAUAUUCAUCUUUCGUCUCAUCACACAGCAUUUGCUUAUAAAUUUAAAAAAAAAAAAAAUUAACAGAGUAAGGAUAAUAUGUCCAAGCUCAGCAAAUUAUUAAAAUAUAUGUUUUCCUAUGGUCUCCUGGUGGGUCUUCCAGCUACGCUCCUGGAUAGAAUUAAAAAAAACACAAUAAUCCGGCUCGCAUUGUUCUGCGCAAAUGCAAAUUUGACCAUGCAAAAACACUUCUGAGAGAGCUGCAUUGGCUGCCGGUCCGCGCUUGCAUAGAGUACCAAAUUGCAACUCUGUGCUACCGCUGCUUGCAUGACCUGGCGCCAUCCUAUCUCAAAGAGCUCAUGAUGCUUUAUGUACUCACUAGAUCACGCCGUUCAUCCGAUAGUGGCAAACUCUGGAUACCGCGAGUGUGCCUUGAGACCAUACGGAAGGCACACUUUCACUUUUUUUUGGCCCAAGAAUCUGGAACUGCCUUCCUAUUGCUCUCAGAAACAGCCAGACACUGCAGUCUUUCAAAACUGAGUUGAAAACACAUCUUUUUCGCAUUCACCUGCUUGGGUGAUGUAGUCUACCUCCUUGUUUUCCAUUGAGCUUGCUCAUAAUCCUCGAUGUAUAUUGGCUUGUAUUGUCCAUUGGCUUGUAUUGUCCAUACGCUUGUAUGUAGAUUUUGUAUUUUUGCGUUUUGUAUUUUAUUGCGCCUUGAGCCUAAAUUAGGGACGAAGCGUGUGUUGAAAUGAACUAUAUUAUUAUUAUUAUUAAAAUGUGCAUUUGUUCAGCUGAGUUAUUCUGACCACUGGUCUCUUCAUUCUUUGCCCCCCCAAGGAUAAUGAAACUUUUUGGUACAGCACUGUCCUGUCUCAAGCAUUUCACACCUACCUUGCCAGAGAUUCUGUUUGAUCAGGUAAAUUAGCUUUAUUUUGUUGAUGACAAAGCUCAACAUUGUGGCUGCAGUGAUAUUCUUUAAUUUUAGAUGAUAAUCUCCCUAUGAAAGUCAUUUAACAAAUGUUCCUUGCACUCUCAUAGUGACAGUUUGAAAUUGACAUUGUUUAACUAUGUGUACUUUUCAGACAUAAACAUGGAACAGGACAUCACCCAAAUUUAAUGUUAUUCCCCUCCCCUCCUCUUAUUUUUCUCUCCAUAUUUGCUGCGCAGUUGUUGGUUGUUUUUUUAUGUAUUUUUAUAACAGACUAAGCUUAGUUUGAAUGAUUUAUUGUAAUUUUCGUUGAUGUCUACAAAUUUCAGGGUAUAGAUGUCACGGAAUGGGAACCGAUACUUUCCCUUGGCUUUGGGACACCUUCCCUGGACGAUCAAGGGGACGGCAUCACAUUCGGCACACUGCUCAACUGUGUCACAAUCUGCGUUAGGCACAUAUCAAGGGUAGGUCAUCAAAGUUCAAAAAUAGAUCAGUGCCUCUAAAACUGCUGAUCUAUGAAACAUGAGCAGACUCCAACCACAGGCUCCCCCUAACAGCAUAAGGGUGAAAAUCUUAAGGAUAUCCAAAGAUAAUAAUAAUCCAUACAUUUGGCUCUGAUCCCAGUUGCUUUGUGGAAAUGUUUAUAUUUGGUGUGCCAAACUGAAAAGCUUGAGAAGCUCUGAAUUUGAUGACUUUGUUUAACAUGAAAAUCUUGUAUAAUAAUAGUAUUUGUUAAUUGUGAGAAAGCUUAUCCCAUUUGUCACCCAACAUAUCCCAAUUGUCACCCACCUUAUCCCAUUUUUCAACCAACGUCUUCAAAAAAGUUCUUUCUUCCCAUUUCCCCUUUCCUUACAAUCUACCGAUCACAACUAGCAGAAACCUUCCUAAUGGUGCUCAUCUACUGGCGCUUAGCCUAUUUCAAUCAAAAUUUCAUUGUAUGAUGAAUCUAAAACUAAAAGAAUAAUACGAAAAAUGUGAAAUUUGUCAAAUACCAGGCUGGUUCAUUUUUAUUUUUUUUAAAAACUUUUACACCAUUCCUUACACCAUUUAAAAAAAAAAAAAUGUUUUUGUUGUUUAUUUAUUUUGUAACUGUUAAUUUUUAUUGUUUGUAUUUUGAAUCAGGCUGAGGGUAAGUCUUCGCCACACAGGUCAUCUCCAGACGAUUCAAACAAAGCCCAGAUACCACGGUGAGUGCCCCCCCCCCCACCCCCCCAAACUUGAGGAAACUGUCUAUGUCUGUUGUUUAUAAAACCAAGAAUUGAGAUUGACUCUUGUAUACAUUGAACUGUGGCACACAUAAAGUUAUUUGGUACACCCUGAUUAGUUUUUUCCCCAUCUGUAUCAGACACUUUGAAAGAUUGGCUUCGUAAGGUGCCCCCCACACACACACACACCCACACCAAACCCCACACAUGUAGGUAUCAGUCAUUUUACUCUGGUAGAAAGGGUUUGAACACAACAUUGUAUGAUAAAGCCAUUCCUCAACCUGUGGGUCGCGACCCCUUUCUAGUGUCGAUCGACCCUUACACAGGGGUCGCCUAAGACCAUAGGAAAACACAUAUUUAUGAAGUGGCAAUGAAAAUAAUUUUAUGGUUGGGGGUCACCACAACAUGAGGAGCUGUAUUAAAGGGUCACGGCAUUAGGAAGGUUGAGAACCACUAAUAUAGUAAACAUAUUGAGCUCAUUACCCAAAAUAUAUAUGGCACAUUGUUCUAGAAUAAAUUGUCGGCACUGUUAAGAACUUUGCCGUAUCUAAAAAUGCAAAUUAAUGGCAGUUCUUCAUUGAGACCAGUGCAGAUUUACUUCCAAAAAGCUCUGGAGACCAAUCAUUUACUCAGCAGUCCAUUCUGACACUAAUAACCAUGACCUGAGAGAAGCAAUAUGAUGUCAUGAAUAAAAACAUUAUAUUACAAUCAUAUGCCACAAAAUUGACCAGAAGGUUUUAAGAUUUCGUAAAUGUUAGUUGAAAUCACCAAUCACAAGAUGAACAGGUAGCUUUAGUGUGACCAUCUCGUCAACUUCACCUGGACACGUUCAAUAUAAGAAAUAGAGUUGUGACAUCACUGAUCUGUGUCAUGUUUCUUGUCUUGCUCAGGCCCAUCGUCCAGCUGGCCUUAGAGCUGAGCUUGGACAUACUGAUGUCUCAGGCGUGCAGGUACCUCAGGGAUCCAUCCCUCAUUCCCAGAGACAGACAGUUCCUCAAAAGAGAGCUUGGAACAGAGCUGGUAAGUAGAGAUAAUCCCCCAUUUUAACUAUAACUUAAUUGUUAGAUAAACCAUGACCCUCGGGUGCUGAUGUUUUUGUCUGUGCCUCUGUUUAGAUGUGACAAUGGGACACUAAACUGAUAGCGCCUGAUUAUUUGGGGGGGGGGGGGGGGGUGUUGUUCAUAAAACUGAAAUCAGGCACUUUCUUUUAGACUUUUGAACAAGGGGCUAGUCCAUUUCGGGGGCUUGGAGCUUUAAAUGAAGCUAGCAAAAGCAGUUGUUGUUUUUUUUAUGGGGGGGGGGGGGGUGGUGUUGUUCAUAAAACUGAAAUCAGGCACUUUCUUUUAGACUUCUGAACAAGGUGCUAGUCCAUUUCGGAGGCUUAGAGCUUUAAAUGAAGCUAGCAAAAGCAGUUGUUGUUUUUUUUGUAGUAGUAAUCUUAGACUGCCCCGGUGGCUCUAACCCUAGCUUCGCCACAGAGCCAAAGUUGAAGCAGCCCCUACACUUAAAGUCCCCUUUAUCUAGUCCUUGCAUUAGAUUUUUUCCACCGAGUCUCAUUAUUUAUCCUCUUCUUGGAAGUAAAACUAAAAUAAAAAAAAUAAAAAACAUUCAAUCCUGUUGGCUGCCAAAACCGUCCAUUUAUGAAACAAAUUUCUUUUCACAAUAACCAAAUUCACUGAGAUUGUUUACACUCUUGAAGGUGUUCUUAAGAUGACAGACCUGUUUACUCUUACGACUUUGGCGUACAAUGUAUGAUUUUGAGGGGUAUACAAUAUAUAUAUACUGCGCUUUUUUUUUCUAUAAAGAGAAUGUACUGAACAAUUAUGUGAUGGCAUUGUACGAUUUUAAGAGUUUGAGGGUAAACAGGUCUGAGAUGAUAUGUUUCAAAGAUGUAAGCUGAUGUAAGUGCUGUUUAGAUCCUUGAAGGUUUCUCUUAAGAUGAUAUGUUUGAAAGAUGUAAGCUGAUGUAAGUGCUGUUUACAUCCUUGAAGGUUUCUCUUAAGAUGAUAUGUUUGAAAGAUGUAAGCUGAUGUAAGUGCUGUUUACAUCCUUGAAGGUUUCUCUUAAGAUGAUAUGUUUGAAAGAUGUAAGCUGAUGUAAGUGCUGUUUACAUCCUUGAAGGUUUCUCUUAAGAUGAUAAGUUUGAAAGAUGUAAGCUGAUGUAAGUGCUGUUUACAUCCUUGAAGGUUUCUCUUAAGAUGAUAUGUUUGAAAGAUGUAAGCUGAUGUAAGUGCUGUUUACAUCCUUGAAGGUUUCUCUUAAGAUGAUAAGUUUGAAAGAUGUAAGCUGAUGUAAGUGCUGUUUACAUCCUUGAAGGUUUCUCUUAAGAUGAUAUGUUUGAAAGAUGUAAGCUGAUGUAAGUGCUGUUUAGAUCCUUGAAGGUUUCUCUUAAGAUGAUAUGUUUCGAAGAUGUAAGCUGAUGUAAGAACCUAGAUAAAAAAAAUUUUUGCAAGAUGAAACAAAUAUUAUUUAUGUUUGAUGACAAAAAAAAAUGUGUUUCAUGUUCCAAACACAGAACUCUUGCUUGUCCCCCCUUCAUCGCCAGCUGAAAAGAGGUGCUGGAGAUAGGUCAUUAUCCCUCACACCCCCACACCACACACAGCCUUCAGCUCCAGGUUAGUUCAACAAACAUUCUUUUCUACCCGCCACUGCUCACCCAAUGGCACACGGAGAAUUUAGAUAUUUUAAUGUGUUUGCAUAUAAAGUACAUGUGAGUUCAUAUGCAUUGAAAUUAUAACUCAUGUCACAAUGAGAUUAUAACUCACAAAAAAAAAAAAAAAAAAGCUUGCACAAAAAUAUUAUUUCAUUGAUUAAUUUAUUAAAAUGUGGUAACUUUCAGCCUUCUGACAUACCAUACUUUAAAUUUAUUAUUGGAUAGUUCAUUUACUUGGACUAAAUUUUUCUCAUAGCCAACUCUUCCUUCUCAUAGCUAAAUCUUACUUCUCAUAGCUAAAUCUUCCUGCUCAUAGCCGAAUCUUGCUUCUCAUAGCUAAAGCUAGCUUGCGAGAGCCAAAUCUUGCUUCUCAGAGCCAAAUCUUGCUCAACCUUGCAAACCAAAAACUUACAAGUUUAAUCAAUUUUUUUUUUCUUUUCCCCUUCAGCGAGUCUGACAGUGGUAUCAACUGCCACCACAUCUGGCGCAGGUUUAACAGCAUCAUCUCUGAGCGCGCUCACCCCUGUCGGCACCCCUGGCACACCACAGAGUGGGAGCCGUCUGACCCCUCAGCUCAGUCGUUCGGCCUCCCUGACUUCGGUGGGAUCCCAGGAACCGACCUACUUUAAACUUGUCCAGGCCUUUGUCCAGAAAGUUUUAAAAUAAUGUCAGUUGAUCAAAACAUUUUAGUAUUCAAGGAGACAUUGCUGCAACCGUUUGCUUGCCAUGCUUUUAAAUAACAGAGGAGGCUGGUCUGUUUAGCAUUUGACUUCAUCGGAAAUUUUAAGUGAAAUAUUAGAUUGUUGUGGAAUUGCAAUGAAUUGUUGUAAAUUUAUAAGAAGAUGUACAGGUCAAAUAAAAUUUAAGUACUGAAAACACUCAUCGUCUUAUUGUAGCUGGGUGCCACUAACAUGCAUUGUAGAGGAAGUUCAUGAAAAACAAAUAUUCCUGGCAUUCAAGCUCAUAGAAGAACAGAAGCGUCAUCAAACCCAGCCCCAAUCCUACAUUGAAUACUGUAAAUAAUGUUUUCUUGAACACCAAUCAAAGCUGUAAAUGUUCAAUAGAAUAUAUGAUUUUUAUUCAAUAACAUUUGGGUAAAUAUUUUGUCUGCUUCAAAGUUCAUAAACAUCCUGAUUGAGACAAUAACUCUAGGGAUAAGGAUAGCAUUAGACUUUAUUAUACUUUUCUUGCUGUUUUUUAUACCGGAACUUCAAUUUUUUUUAAAAUUUCCCGCUGUAAAUAAGUAUCAUCAGGCUACAAUAGUUAUGGUUCCAUAGUACAAAAACAUUCAUACUGCCACAAUACUAAUACCCCCAUGCUAACUGCUUUUAAACUGAAAAAAAUUUUAAAAGCUUGGACAAGAACACACUUAUGGGGAACUGCAAGGAUAUGUUUAUAUUUUGAAUGUGUGAAGGAAUGGUGAGUUUGUUGGAUUGCUAGAAUGGUUGCCUUUGAUGGAUCAGACUGCACUACAGUGAAGCACAAAUGGAGAUGAUAGAAUGAAAGGAGAAUGACAGAAGAUAAUGGCAGGGCAAACAUUGAUAUAAGAGUAUAAAAAGUGAGGAUGAUAACCAAAAAAGUAAAUUGUGUGAACGAGAGGACGGAUGAAGAUGGCGCGUACAUACCAAUGACAUCUGUGCACUGUUGCUGGUUUUUGUUUUUUUUCCUAAU